UUCCCGGAAAUUACCGAUGACAUACAUAACUCGUGCUUAUCCGUCCAGAUCCUUCAAACUUCCGACCAUGUUUUGGCUUUAUCUCUCCGUUCCUUUUCUGGCAAUCUUUGCUAUCUUUAUGCUUUACGUUUUGUACAUUCUAUACAUACGAUAUGUUAAAUUCGGGCACAUACCAAGGGCGCCUUUAAAGUACAGUUUUACCAGCUUUUUCCUUGGUCACGCGACUGUUCUCAUCGACACUGCUGACGACUGGAGGAAGAAGAUACGCGUCUGGGGUGAAUGGUCCCGAGAUCAUGGAGACUUCUUUGGAUUUUUUGUUUUCCAUAAUGCCAUCAUGAUCACUGAUAACCACAUUGUCGCCAAACAACUCAUGACAAGUAAGAAAUACCUCAAGAACGAAGAGGGCUACAAAGACAUGAUGAACGUUUUUGGAAGAAGGUGUGAAACAUUGAUCGGGAAUGGUUUGUUGACCGACGUUGACCACGAGCACUGGUACAGAAAAAGGCAGCUUUUAAAUCCAGCAUUCCACAAACUGGCUUUGAAGGACUUGAUGGACGAAUUCAAUUUAGGAGCCGACUGUAUGGUCUCCAAACUCCUGUCACUUGCCGAUGGUGAAACUACUGUGUCACUCUUAGAUAUAGUGAACAGGACUGCUCUAGAUGUGAUAGGCAGGACGGCAUUUGGCCUGGACAUAGACUCUUUAAACAACAAUAAGAGCCCAUUCCCCACGUCCAUACGUCUUGCGCUCCAGGGAGUGACAUCCGGGUACAAAGAACCAUUUUGCCAAUAUAACCCAUGGAAAAGAAAGUACGUUAUGGAUGUUAGGAAUGCAUGCGAGUUCCUUCGAAGCUUCGGAAGGAAGAUUAUCAAUGAGAGGCUAGCGCUGGUAGAGGACGGAGUUGACCUACCCAAUGACAUCCUGACCAACAUACUUAAAUCUACAAAGGUAGAUCCAAGCGUGACUCUGGAGGAAUUAGUGGAUGAUUUCGUUACCUUCUUUGUCGCCGGUCAAGAAACUACUGCGAAUACCAUUGCGUUUCUCUUGCAAGAAGUUGGGAAAAGGCCAGAAGUAUUGAUGAGACUUGUUGAAGAGGUCGACGAAGUCAUAGGCCAAAAGAGACACAUUAUAUACGAUGAUCUCGCAAAACUAGAAUACAUGAACCUGUGUCUCAAGGAGAUAUUAAGGAUGUACCCUGUUGCCACUGCUACCAUCCGUGGAACAACUGAAGAGACGGUUAUUGCUGGCUUUAAGAUCCCGGCUGAAACAUCUAUUAUGGUUAGUUUCGGCAACAUUCAUCACAAGGAAUGUUACUUUAAAGACCCAGAGGAAUUCAAGCCAGAGAGGUUUAUGGAUGAAAGCCAAAGAGAGUACUUCACCUAUAUGCCAUUUUCUGCUGGUAUGAGAAACUGCAUUGGACAGAACUUUGCUAUGAUCGAAAGUCGGGUUGUCCUUUGCAAGCUUCUGCAAACAUUCAAGUACACCUUGUUGCCCAAUCAAAGCGACAAGGUGACCGAAGCAACCACCAUCAAGCCCUCUAGUGGAGUAAUGGCGACACUACAGCUUCGAGAUGACUAGGGAUUUCGUAAGGUUUGAAGUUGGGCUCUGUAGAUAAAACUGCGGUUCGGAUCAUUCUUACUUUAUCAAUCAAAUAAUGGAUAACGAACUGUAAACUCCUCAAAUUGCCUGUUAUCUUUGGAAGCUAAAUCAUGUUUUUUUGUAAAUGUGCGUCAUGGUUAUGAAAUAGUCCUUGUAGGGAAAAAACACUAAGUUAUAAAAUCAAAACAAAUGAAUAAAUAUGCGUUCCAGAAACUUUAGGCCACCCUUUAAAAAACAUUCAUUGCAAUUCUUAAUAGUUUUAGAUAUACUAUAUUUCACACAAAUCUCAGUUUUUGUCUAUUUUUGGUGAUAAAGCGCGAAGUGUUGCUGCACAAUCAGGUGUUAGGCCAUAGCAUCAUCGAGUUGGUUUGAAUUAGCCAGAUACGUCCGUGGCUCAGAUAAAUGUCUAAAAAUAAGAAUCUGACACCAUAAAUAUCGAACAACACACAAGUGAUGUUUUUUUGGUUUUCUCCUAAUUCUUCACGGCAAAUUGAAUUAUUAUUAGCAGUAAUGUUUUACCUUUUAGCAAAAACAUAUCAGCGAGCUUUUUGUAAAUUCAGUAUGUUUUUAUAUGAAUCUUAUUAACGCGUAGAGCGGUAGGGUUGGUUCCAUAUUAGCGAGUAUUUAUAUAGACUAGGAAUACACCAUCUGAACUAGCACUACAUGUAGGUACCGAAUUUCGACAAUAGGGGGGCGUUUGCAGGUGAAUUCGGCUAGUAUUCAUAAGUGGUGUGCGAUAUGAAAGCGUGUAUGGUCGCUGUCAUUACCGAAAGGAGAGAAUUAUUCAGACUCUGCCGAACGAAAGUAGCUUCGAAGCUGAGCCUGGUCGGAGCCCAGAUCAAAAUCUACAGCAGGUUUGAUUCUCUGCGAGAUAUCGCGUUGACUGUUCGUGUAAAGAGAGAAUUUCAUUCAGGAGAGUAUACGCUUGAUACAUUCAAUCACCGCCGUUUUAUUGCACCUUUUUUGUUACCUUGGCAUGUUAGAAGGUAGAAAUACUCAGUGCCUGAUGGUUUGCUAAGUGGUGGGUUAUCGUGAAUGUCGAAGAAGCAUUUACUCGCGCGAAACGAUAUUCUCUCGAUAUUGUUGGCCUUUUCAUGGUUCAUUCUUAUUCUUAUUCAAUUCAUGUCAUAGUAGCUAGAAAGAAAACCCCACAGGGAAACGAGAAUAAUGUGAAUGGUGGAUUAUACUCUAUAGUAUCCUCAAUGACCUGAUGGCAUUCAAAUUGGCCAAAAAUUAAUGGAACGUUGUUCAAGUUUUUUGAAUGUUGUUUUUUAUUUCUCUAUCUUUAUCAGGAUUCAGUUCACAAAAAAUAGAGUGACUCGUGCAGAAAAAUCAGUGGUGUUUUAUCGAUUCUUGUUUAUACUGAUAGAAAGUUCUGGGGCAGUACGUAUACAUUUUAUAUAAAGUGUUAUUUAGCUAAUUAUGCAGACAGACAUGUAAAGUGCUAUAUUUUCACACAUAUGACGAAAUAGAUAGGUUUAGAUUGAAUCCGAAAACGAGGUGAAGUUUGUUUUUAUUCUCUGGAGAAAGUCAUCAGGUCAAGUUCGUUGUUCUGUAAUAGGCAAACCGGACAUUAAUACUGUGUCGUGGCUAGCUCGUAGAGGGGCGCCUGCACUAAACGCAUACAUCCAACCCAACCAUGCUUCAACCGGUCAAAUAGCUUCGACACAGCUUUGGAGAUCAGUCUCGUCCUAUAUACUAUCCGCCUGCUAUGCUCUAAGUAAUGCCAGGGUGAUAUCAGAGAUAAAUGCAUCUGGCAGUAUGGCUCUGUUUGCAUGGUGUGUUGGAAUCUCAAGGGUCGAAGAUGUUGACAUGAAAAUGCACCUAGCCACCUUUGGCCUCAAAUACAAAUAUAUCAUACUUUCACUAUUUCCUAGUCAAUUUCCAUCGGUACAGUACAUACAAACAUCGUAAGCUGAAACCGACACCUCUGUUAAACAAAUCCUACGAAAUUGCCCGAAGCGUUCACCAUAAAACCCUCUUUCGCACGUUUGGAAGCGGCCAUAAACACGUGAUCCGAAUUCUAUUGCCGUAAUAAAGUCGUUGCCAACACUCUUAGAGAUUUCGCGACAUUCGGUCACCGCAUUGCCCUAGGAACUGGAAAAAUAGUGCAACUCGCCUUGAACUAACAUGGCAAUUUUUACAGCCAGCACAAAUACUCUAGUUGGACCGACCGAGAAAUCCGUUUCAUGAUGUUCAGCACAUGUUUUUGAUGCAUUUGAAGAACCCCAAUUGGGAUAGCCAGUGGGCAGACGACGCCAGUGUGUCCGAUGGUCUGUCAUCUCAUCAUUGCAUUGGCCUUUGUGUUGAUUUCGCAGAAACUAAUGAAGAUAUCUUAACUCGGUGAAGCAGAGCAUCUGCGAAUAACGUACAGUAGAAUCCAACACAUUCACAUCCAAUGGAAAACAUGGGCGGCGCCUAUUCUUUGAAAUACGUGAUUUAUUUUGGCCAUUUCUGGAAAAGUGAUCCACCGAUGCAGUUUACCUGCUUCAAGCUCCAAACACGUCGUUAAGGAGCGGUCUAAUGGUCGGAAGCUCCGUUAAGCUUUUUAUGUAAUUAGACUUGCGAUGAAAAUGGUCAUAUUAGUCAUCCGUACAAUAAUACGCUAUCAGCGUGAAAUCAGGCUUCCUGGAAA